GGGAGCCGCGCCGCACACCCGGCCCGUCAGUGACCGGCGCUGCUGGGGAGGAGGAGGAGGUGGCGGAGGAGGAGGCGGCGGCGGCGGCGGCGAGAGAUUCUCCCACCCCCACCCACCGAGCUGAGGGAGUAUGACUUCUGCAACGUCACCUAUCAUUUUGAAAUGGGACCCCAAAAGUUUGGAAAUCAGGACUCUGACAGUAGAGAGACUACUGGAGCCACUCGUUACCCAGGUAACGACGCUUGUGAACACGAGCAAUAAAGGACCAUCUGGCAAGAAGAAAGGGCGCUCCAAGAAGGCUCAUGUUUUGGCUGCCUCCGUGGAGCAGGCCACUCAGAACUUCUUGGAAAAAGGAGAUCAAAUUGCUAAAGAGAGCCAGGAUCUCAAGGAGGAGCUGGUUGCUGCUGUAGAAGAUGUUCGAAAACAAGGAGAAACGAUGCGCAUCGCCUCGUCGGAGUUCGCGGACGACCCCUGCUCGUCGGUGAAGAGGGGCACCAUGGUGCGCGCCGCCCGCGCCCUGCUCUCGGCCGUCACACGCCUGCUCAUCCUGGCUGACAUGGCUGAUGUCAUGAGGCUCCUCUCACACCUCAAAAUCGUAGAGGAGGCACUAGAAGCUGUGAAAAAUGCAACGAAUGAGCAAGAUUUAGCCAAUCGCUUUAAGGAAUUUGGGAAGGAAAUGGUAAAACUGAACUAUGUGGCUGCGAGGCGGCAGCAGGAGCUGAAGGAUCCUCACUGCAGGGACGAGAUGGCCGCGGCGCGAGGGGCUCUGAAGAAGAACGCCACCAUGCUGUACACGGCCUCGCAGGCCUUCCUGCGCCACCCCGACGUGGCAGCCACGAGGGCCAACAGGGACUACGUCUUCAAGCAAGUGCAGGAAGCCAUUGCUGGCAUCUCCAAUGCUGCCCAGGCCACCUCGCCCACCGAUGAGAACAAGGGCCACACUGGCAUAGGAGAGCUCGCUGCUGCUUUGAAUGAGUUUGAUAACAAGAUCAUCCUGGACCCGAUGACGUUCAGCGAGGCGCGGUUCCGGCCGUCGCUGGAGGAGCGGCUGGAGAGCAUCAUCAGCGGCGCGGCGCUCAUGGCCGACUCCUCGUGCACGCGCGACGACCGGCGCGAGCGCAUCGUGGCCGAGUGCAACGCCGUGCGCCAGGCGCUGCAGGACCUGCUCUCCGAGUACAUGAACAACACUGGAAGGAAGGAGAAGGGAGACCCACUCAACAUUGCCAUUGACAAGAUGACCAAGAAAACACGAGACCUUCGGAGACAGCUCCGGAAGGCAGUGAUGGAUCACAUCUCAGAUUCAUUCCUGGAGACCAACGUCCCUCUGCUGGUUCUCAUCGAGGCCGCGAAGAGCGGGAACGAGAAAGAAGUGAAGGAAUACGCUCAGGUCUUCCGUGAACACGCCAACAAGUUAGUGGAGGUUGCAAAUCUGGCCUGUUCAAUCUCCAAUAAUGAAGAAGGUGUGAAGUUAGUCCGUAUGGCAGCCACACAGAUUGAUAGUCUGUGCCCACAGGUAAUUAAUGCUGCACUCACAUUGGCUGCCAGACCCCAGAGCAAAGUAGCCCAGGACAACAUGGACGUGUUUAAGGACCAGUGGGAGAAACAGGUGCGAGUUCUCACGGAGGCUGUCGACGACAUCACUUCAGUGGAUGAUUUCCUCUCUGUUUCAGAAAACCACAUCCUGGAAGACGUGAACAAGUGUGUGAUUGCCCUGCAAGAGGGGGAUGUGGACACGCUGGACAGAACCGCGGGCGCCAUCCGGGGCCGCGCAGCCAGAGUCAUCCACAUCAUCAACGCAGAGAUGGAAAACUACGAGACUGGGGUUUACACUGAGAAGGUGCUGGAAGCUACCAAACUGCUCUCUGAAACUGUGAUGCCACGUUUUGCUGAGCAAGUGGAGGUGGCCAUUGAAGCCCUGAGUGCCAACGUGCCCCAGCCCUUCGAGGAGAACGAGUUCAUCGACGCCUCCCGCCUGGUGUACGACGGCGUCCGGGACAUCAGGAAAGCUGUCCUGAUGAUCAGGACCCCUGAGGAGCUCGAGGAUGACUCAGACUUCGAGCAGGAGGAUUAUGAUGUGCGCAGCAGAACGAGUGUCCAGACUGAGGAUGACCAGCUCAUUGCUGGCCAGAGUGCAAGGGCUAUCAUGGCUCAGCUGCCCCAGGAGGAGAAGGCAAAGAUUGCUGAGCAGGUGGAAAUAUUCCACCAAGAAAAGAGCAAGCUGGAUGCAGAGGUGGCCAAGUGGGAUGACAGUGGCAAUGACAUCAUUGUGCUGGCCAAGCAGAUGUGCAUGAUUAUGAUGGAAAUGACAGAUUUCACCAGAGGGAAAGGCCCCCUGAAGAACACAUCUGAUGUCAUUAAUGCAGCCAAGAAGAUUGCAGAGGCAGGAUCCAGGAUGGACAAAUUGGCACGGGCAGUAGCUGAUCAGUGCCCAGACUCAGCCUGCAAGCAGGACCUGCUGGCCUACCUGCAGCGCAUUGCCCUGUACUGCCACCAGCUCAAUAUCUGCAGCAAAGUGAAGGCAGAAGUUCAGAACCUGGGAGGAGAGCUCAUUGUAUCAGGGCUGGACAGUGCCACUUCUCUCAUCCAGGCAGCUAAAAACCUGAUGAACGCUGUGGUCCUUACAGUGAAAGCAUCAUAUGUGGCUUCUACUAAAUAUCAGAAGGUCUAUGGCACUGCUGCAGUGAACUCUCCAGUUGUAUCUUGGAAGAUGAAGGCCCCCGAGAAGAAACCUCUAGUAAAGAGAGAAAAACCAGAAGAAUAUCAGACCAGAGUGAGGAGAGGGUCCCAGAAGAAACAUAUUUCCCCUGUACAGGCCUUAAGUGAAUUUAAAGCUAUGGAUUCAUUCUAAACCACUGAGCUUUACCAGGAGGGUUUUAUAUUCUUUUUUGUAUGCAUACCUGCCGACUUGUGUGCGUCUGGCAUGGGGUGGGGGGGACAAAAUGACAAUUUGCAUGCGACCUGAGACUCUAUUCCAGUAAAUAACUCUGCAGUGCCCAAAAUUCAGGGCUUUGCCUUCUGAUGUUAAGUGGACUUAACUCCAAGCUUCCUUUUAAAACUAAACUAUAGCAUUAAAUUGGCCAAAGAAUUUGCAUCACGGGGGUAUUCGUGUGGAAUAAAUCAUAAAUUCAACUCUAAACCCCGAAAUUUUUAUGCAUGCGAGAAACAUUAGGUUGGCAGGUAUACUAAGUGAAAAAAAAAAAAAAAAAAAGGAAUUGUAAUGGUAGACCAUAAAGCUUGUAUUGCUUCUGUUGCAGUGCAAAAAUGUACUAGCCAAUAUGCUUCAAUGUGUGGCCCAAUAAUUAAAUGAUAUAACUUUUAAGUCAUUUUCAUUAUAGUAUGUGAAUUUUUAAAACAGAUUCAAACUAAUUCAUCUUAAAAAUGCUUCUUUUGAACCAGAUUUUGUUCUUUAUAUUCUAGUAGUGUUAUGAUUGCUCACAUUUCAAUUAAUCCCAUUAAUAUGACCAGAGGUUUACUUUUGCCAAUUGAAUUCCUUAUGGUGGAGUAUGAAGCACAAUAUGGUGAUUGACAUUGCCUUUUAUAUUAUGAUUAUUAUUCUGAUUAUUAUUAUUAUUAUUAUAUUAGUAAUAGAAGACCUGGUGGUGGAAUGUUUAGAGACACGGAAACUGACAGUGUGAGAAUUUAGAAGCAAAUAUGUAGGUGUAGCUUGGAUUACAGGUAUCUGACAUACCAUUGUAACCACUAACUCAAUAAACUCAUUUAACCUUGGAAUCCUCAA